AUGGCAUCCCAAGACAGAGGCCGGGACAGAAUCAGUCGCAAACUGAAUAAAAAGCGAAGAGAUUCGAGAAGAGAACCGCGCGGCAUGUCGCUGGACGUGCCGGAGCGCUUCAGAGAUGGGGACGAUGCACAAGAAGAUGUUACAGCGCCGAAGCGGAAUAACACCAUGUCGAUGAACCAGUCACUAUUCUCAAUGAUAGCACGCGCCGGUCAACAGCCGCAGACGGACCUGGGCACAAUGCAAGAGGUCGACUCCGGCGAUAGCGACGACGGGGGUAAGCAGAAGGCGACGUACCGUAAUCUUGACGGCGCUGCACGGUUGAGCCGGUUGAGCUCCGCCAACGACUUUCAGAGCCCAGCCGGGGACUUGGAUGAUGCGACGGUGGAGAAAGGCAGGCAUAGACGGACGUUAUCCGAAAACAAGUUGUUGCGCUCCUUGCCCAAGUUGAAGUUAUCCAGCCGGAAAGAAGCACGCUCAGGGAGUCACCGCGCCGACCAAAUGUCCUCCUCCCAGUUCCUACCGCCGAAACCAUCGCCCGAUGACCUUCCGAGCCCACCGCCGAGCGAGCUGCCGCCCAAUACCAAGGACAAGAACAAGAUCACCGCUGGCGAGGACAUACAUGUCGAGAAAGGGCGAAGCUCUGGCCGAAAGAGCAGACGUGGAAGCACCGUCGGGCUAGCUAAGAGCAAAGCACCCGUAACGCUUGCGCAGAGGAUACAGCAGAUAUUCGAGUUCGAGGAAGUUGAGGAAGUCAUCUCCGAAUACGCAUGCUGGCUGCUCCAAAGCAUCCUGCUACAGGGUUACAUGUACAUCACGCAGAAGCAUAUAUGCUUCUACGCGUACAUACCCAAGAAACAUCACGACGUCAGCAAGACGGGGUAUCUCUCCAAGCGCGGCCGCAGUAAAUUCAACCGGUAUUGGUUUGUCCUAAAGGGGGACGUACUGGCUUACUAUACCAACCCUGCCGAACUCUACUUUCCGAGGAAUCGGAUUAACUUGCAAUACGCACUAUCUGCCGAAGUUAUCGAAAACAGCAAUACCAACAAGAAAGGUGUACAAGAAGAAGAGACCAGCUUCGCUAUUACAACGGAUGAACGGAAGUACCUGUUCAAGGCCGACAGCGUGGCUAGUGCGAAGGAAUGGACGAGAGCUAUUCAGAAGGUCAUCUUCAGAACGCAUAAUGAGGGGAAUAGUGUGAAGAUAUGUUUGCCGAUUGGAAAUGUGUUGGAGAUUGAGGAAAGUAAGAUGUUGGAUUUGGCCCAGACGGUUAGGGUCAGGGUGGUUGACAAUGAUGAGACGUUUGCUAUUGAUGAGUACUUCUUCUCCUUCUUCAACAAUGGACAAGACGCGCUCAAUGUUCUACGCAUCAUGAUCAACGACAACGAGCACCAUCAGGCUCUGCGGCAUGCUGGUGACGGCGAAGUGUCUACACCAACCGGUGUAGCAUCACCGGCGAACGUUACUGAGGCACCACAAAUACAAGAGAACGUCCGGGCUACUCUUUCACCUUUGCCUACACCGCAUGCGGGCAGGUCGAGUAAUAGUGAUGUGUCUGCGAGGUCUAGCAAUGAUGCCAAUAGGAAGAGCUGGGACGUGCGACGCAGCAUGGAUGCGAGCCGUAACUUUCGACGGCCGAGCCAAGAGGUACGACGACCAAGUCACGAGGUGCGACGGAGUUUCAGCAAUGCGCAAUCUAGGGGUCGUCCAGGAGACCGAUCGCCUCUGUCGCCUAGGGCCGCGGACUCGGAAUCAGCUACGUUCUCACUCGACCCAGGUACCGAGUCCUCAGCCGCCAUUCAGUCCAUGGAUGAAAGUGGCGCAUCAGCUUCUCAGAUCCUAGACCGCUCCGACGUUUUCCGUAGUCCUGCCAAUGUGCCUUUACACAAACUAGACACACAAGCCAGGCAUUCACAGGACACGGCGCGAUCAACUCAGCCAAAGUCCGCAAACGCUGCGCAUCGCUCAAAGCAACCCCAAACACCGACUGGCGCGCCUGAUUUUGAAGACGAUACCGAUAACAGCGCCCAGCCCCGCUUAUCAGGCUCCUCCUCCGCUCUACAAGAUAUCGCUUCCUAUCCACUUCAGAAGGCCUCGGGCUUAGCGGGAUUUCUCAGGACACGCUCGAAGAAGAUGGGCAAUCUACUCGCGAGCGAAUCUAUGGGUUACUACGAAAAAGUGUCCGGUAUGCUUGCAGGUGGGCGGAAGCAUUAUAACACCGCUGAGGGGUUGGAGACCGGAGACGAGAUUCACGGAUUCGAGGACGACGAGGACGCGGCGAAGGCUGCGGAGAACUUUCGAGAUCACUUCGCCUUCCCCGAGACUGAAGUGCUCCAAUCAUCGUUUUUCGCGUCACUCCAGCGUGUCCUGCCAAAUUAUGGAAAGAUCUACAUCAGCGGGAGAUACUUUUGUUUCCGCAGCUUGAUGCCUACAUCCAAGACCAAGAUCAUCCUUCCCAUGCGGGAUAUUGAAAACGUCAACAAGGAGAAGGGAUUCCGACUGGGCUAUCACGGCCUUGCCAUCGUUAUCAAAGGCCACGAAGAGCUCUUCUUUGAGUUCUCAAAGGCUGAGUACCGCGAUGAAUGUGCAAUCAUGGUGCUUCGCGUCCUGGAGAAUACCAAGUAUCUUGAAGAUGAGGAUUCGUCUUCUUCGGGUGUGGAUAGUGGUGAUGAGGCUGCAAAGGCGGAGCACGAUUUGCUACAACAGGCCCGUGAAUAUACCGACACGGACAAGACGGUUAACGUGUCGGAUAUCGUUCGCGCUGCGGAUCACGAUCGCAUUCCUCUUAUUUUCGACGACCCUCUCGCUUCGUUCGUCGAUUUCAAGCCCUCGGAGCCAUUGACUAUCGUCUGUCUCACUAUCGGAUCUCGAGGCGACGUCCAGCCCUACAUUGCUUUGUGCAAAGAACUUCUCAAGGAAGGCCACAAGCCACGUAUCGCAACCCAUGCCGAAUUCGAGCCAUGGGUGCGCAAACACGGUAUCGAUUUCGCAGUCGUCGACGGCAACCCAGCCGAGCUGAUGCGUAUCUGCGUCGAACACGGCAUGUUUACGUACGGCUUCAUGAAAGAAGCCAACGCCAAGUUCCGGGGCUGGCUCGAUGACGUAUGUAGUUCAUCCUGGCGCGCCUGUCAGGGUGCAGAUGUGCUCAUCGAGAGUCCUAGCACCAUGGCCGGCAUCCACAUCGCUGAGGCCCUGGAAAUUCCUUACUUCCGCGCCUUCACCAUGCCGUGGACGCGCACUAGAGCAUACCCCCAUGCGUUCUCUGUGCUGGAGAAGAAGAUGGGGGGCGGAUAUAACAGUCUCACGUACAUCACUUUCGACACUAUUUUCUGGACUGCGAUCUCGGGACAGAUUAACAAGUGGCGGAGACGUGAAUUGGGGUUGCAAGGAACGACGCAGCAUAAGAUGCAAGCGUCGAUGCGACCGUUCUUGUAUAACUUCAGUCCGCAUGUUGUUCCACCGCCGCUGGACUGGCCGGAUUGGGUGAGGGUUACGGGGUACUGGUUCUUGGACGAAAGCGACAUGUAUGAGCCGCCAGCUGAACUCACGGCUUUCAUUCACAAGGCACGGAAAGACGGGAAGAAGUUGGUUUACGUGGGGUUCGGAUCUAUCGUCAUUGACGAUCCCGCUGCGCUUACGAAGACGGUUGUUGAUUCCGUGUUGAAGGCAGAUGUCCGCUGUGUCUUGUCAAAAGGCUGGUCCGACCGUCUCAUGGACCCAACCAAGGAUGCUUCCAAACCUGAGAUCCCCCUCCCCGAAGAAAUUUUCCAGAUUCAAUCUGCGCCUCACGACUGGUUGUUCCGCCAAAUGGACGCAGCUGUACACCAUGGAGGCUCUGGUACUACGGGAGCGAGUCUACGAGCUGGUAUUCCCACCAUCAUCAAGCCUUUCUUUGGAGAUCAAUUCUUCUUUGCUCAACGCGUAGAGGACAUGGGCGUAGGUGUCUGGCUCAAGAAAGUCAACACAAGUGUCUUUAGUCGCGCGUUGUGGGAAGUAACGAACAGUCAGCGGAUGAUUGUCAAGGCCAAGGUGCUGGGGCAGAAAAUCCGGAAGGACAACGGCACACAAACCGCCAUCCAAACCAUCUACCGCGAACUCGAUCGCGCGAGGACGCUUAUUAGGAAACAGACGAAACAGCCUGGUGAUGAAGGCGAACAAACUGAUGAGGAGAUUGAGGCUGAUUGGACGAUUAUCGAGGAGGGAGAGGAAGUCGAUGCCGUGAAGCAGCACAUGGCUGAGCAGGCUGCGAUGGCGGGUGUUCAGCAGGAUGCGAGUAGGACUGGGGGUGGGAGUUUGGUGCUGGGGAGUAUGGUGUUGAAAGGUGGGGGGAUGGUGGGAAAGAGGGGAGAGUGA